CUCCCAGGCAGCCAGCGAGCGAGGGGAGCGCUCGGGGAUGGGACUUGGAGGAGGCGGCCAAGGAGGAUACAGCAGCGGCGGCGCGGGCUUUUUGCUCGGCUCCCACGAGCGGUCCCCGAGGACAGCCGCGGCUCUCGACGCGGCUCGGAGGCCCACGAGGAAGACCCAGGUGGCUGCGUCGCCGUCUCGCGUUCCAGCCGCCGGCGGCGGCUGCUGCAGCGUUGCCCCUCUUCCUCUUCCUGAAGAUGGAAAAGAUGCUGGUGGGCUGCCUCCUGCUGAUUCUCGGACAGACCCUCCUCCUCCCUGCCGAGGCCAGGGAGCGGCCACCCUCGAGGUCCACCUCCAGAGGCAGACAGGCUCGGACCCACCCCCAGACGGCCCUCCUGGAGAGCUCCUGUGAAAAUAAGCGGGCAGACCUGGUCUUCAUCAUUGACAGCUCCCGCAGUGUCAACACCCACGACUAUGCCAAGGUCAAGGAGUUCAUCAUGGACAUCUUGCAGUUCUUGGACAUCGGCCCCGAUGUCACCAGAGUGGGCCUGCUGCAAUAUGGCAGCACCGUUAAGAAUGAGUUCUCCCUCAAGACCUUCAAGAGGAAGUCCGAGGUGGAGCGCGCCGUCAAGAGGAUGAGGCACCUGUCCACGGGCACCAUGACGGGGCUGGCCAUCCAGUACGCCCUGAACAUUGCUUUCUCCGAAGCGGAGGGGGCCCGGCCCCUGAGGGAGAAUGUGCCGCGGGUCAUAAUGAUUGUGACGGACGGGAGACCACAGGACUCUGUGGCCGAGGUGGCUGCAAAGGCACGGGACACAGGCAUCCUGAUCUUCGCCAUUGGUGUAGGCCAGGUGGACCUCAACACAUUGAAGGCCAUUGGGAGCGAGCCCCACGAGGACCACGUCUUCCUGGUGGCCAACUUCAGCCAGAUGGAGUCGCUGACCUCAGUGUUCCAGAACAAGUUGUGCGUGGUCCACAUGUGCAGCCUCCGGGAGCACAACUGUGCCCACUUCUGCAUCAACACCCCUGGCUCAUACGUCUGCAGGUGCAAACAAGGGUACAUCCUCAGCUCGGAUCAGAAGACGUGCAGAAUCCAGGAUCUGUGUGCAGCGGAGGACCACGGCUGUGAGCAGCUCUGUGUGAAUGUGCUGGGCUCCUUUGUCUGCCAGUGCUACCGUGGCUACACCCUGGCGGAGGAUGGGAAAAAGUGUGUGGCUGUGGACUACUGUGCCUCGGAAAACCAUGGAUGCGAACACGAGUGUGUGAAUGCUGAUGGCUCCUACUUUUGCCGGUGCCCUAAAGGAUUUUCCCUGAAUCCAGAUAAAAAGACAUGCACAAAGAUAGACUACUGUGCCUCCCGGAACCACGGAUGUCAGCACGAGUGUGUUAACACAGACGAUGCCUAUUCCUGUCGCUGCCUGAAAGGCUUCACCCUGAACCCGGAUAAGAAAACCUGCAGAAGGAUCAACUACUGUGCACUGAAGAGGCCAGGCUGUGAGCACGAGUGUGUCAACACAGAGGAGGGCUACUACUGCCGCUGCCACCGGGGCUAUGCCCUGGACCCCAAUGGCAAGACCUGCAGCCGGGUGGAUCACUGCGCGGAGCAGGACCAUGGCUGCGAGCAGCUGUGUCUCAACACAGAGGAGUCCUUCGUCUGCCAGUGUUUGGAAGGCUUCCUCAUCAAUGAGGACCUCAAGACCUGCUCCCGGGCUGAUUACUGCUUGUUGAGUGACCAUGGUUGUGAAUACGCCUGCAUCAACACGGACACAUCCUACGCCUGUCAAUGUCCUGAGGGCCACGUGCUCCGCAGUGAUGGGAAGACCUGUGCCAAAUUGGACGCGUGUGCCUUGGGGGAGCAUGGCUGUGAGCACUCGUGUGUAAGCAGUGAAGACACCUUUGUGUGCCGGUGCUUUGAAGGGUACAUACUCCGUGAAGAUGGGAAAACCUGCAGAAGGCAAGAUGUCUGCCAAGCAGUGGACCAUGGCUGUGAGCACAUCUGUGUGAACAGCGGCGAGUCGUAUGUCUGCAAGUGCUUGGAGGGCUUCCGGCUCGCUGAGGACGGGAGACAUUGCAGAAGGAAGGAUGCCUGCAAAUCGGCCCACCAUGGCUGCGAACACAUGUGCGUUAACCGCGGUGAUUCCUACAUCUGCAAAUGCUCGGAGGGAUUUGUCCUAGCGGAGGAUGGAAGACGGUGCAAGAGAUGCUCUGAAGGCCCAAUUGACCUGGUCUUUGUGAUCGAUGGAUCCAAGAGCCUUGGAGAAGAUAAUUUUGAGAUUGUGAAGCAGUUUGUCACCGGAAUUAUAGAUUCCUUGGCGAUCUCCCCCAAAGCCGCUCGAGUGGGGCUGCUCCAGUAUUCCACGCAGGUCCGCACAGAGUUCACCCUGAGGGACUUCAGCUCGGCCAAGGACAUGAAAAAGGCCGUGGCCCACAUGAAAUACAUGGGCAAGGGCUCCAUGACGGGGCUGGCCCUGAAGCACAUGUUUGAGAGAAGCUUCACCCAAGUCGAAGGGGCCAGGCCUCUCUCUGCACGGGUGCCCCGCGUGGCCAUCGUGUUCACAGACGGUCGGGCCCAGGACGACGUCUCCGAGUGGGCCAGCAAAGCCAAGGCCAAUGGUGUAACUAUGUACGCCGUUGGGGUAGGGAAAGCCAUUGAGGAAGAACUGCAAGAGAUCGCCUCGAAACCCACCAACAAGCAUCUCUUCUAUGCUGAAGACUUCAGCACAAUGGGCGAGAUAAGUGACAAACUGAAGAAAGGCAUCUGUGAAGCUUUGGAAGACUCUGAUGGAAGUCAGGACUCCCCAGCUGGGGAACUGCCAAAGAGGGUUCACCAGCCAACAGAAUCUGAGCCACUCACCAUAAGUAUCCAAGACCUACUUUCCUGUUCUAAUUUUGCAGUGCAACACAGAUACCUGUUUGAAGGAGACAGUCUUUCACGGUCUACACAAAAGCUGUCCCAUUCCACAAAAUCUUCAGGAAAUCCUUUGGAAGAAAAACAUGAUCAAUGCAAAUGUGAAAACCUUAUUAUGGUCCAGAAUCUUGCAAAUGAAGAAGUAAGAAAAUUAACACAACGCUUAGAAGAAAUGACACAGAGAAUGGAAGCCCUGGAAAAUCGCCUGAGAUACAGAUGAAAACUGGAAAUGGUCUGUGUUUGCAUGUCAUUGUGUCAAGGAUCACAAUGAACGCAGUUCUGAGCCCCAAAGCUCAGGCUACAGUCAGUUCUGUAAGGUUGUAAAGUACUACAAAAGCUGGUUUGCCAUAGAACAAAGGCAAAAAGUAGACACUAACUUGUAUAAAUUCAAUGAGAGAAAUAAUCCCUCGGAACCUUAAAAUGAGUUUACCAAGUCAGAACAAAUAAGCUAUGCAAGAUACUCUGUGACAUACUGUGGACAUGAUUUGCUUUUGCCUCGUCCUGCCAUAGAGCGCUGCGAUUUCAUUUGCCCAUGAAGUACAGUUUGCACAGUCUUCCUUCUGCACAACACUGGCUAUAGGAAAAGCUAUUUUUUUGUAUUGGACUUUACCUUGAUAUAUGUAUAUGGCUGUAUGCAUAAAAUCAUAGGACAUGUACUAGUUGGAUACUUUAGUACAAUAUUAAAAUUCACUUCAGAGAA